CAAUUCGUCGUGAUAUUGAGCCACACUUUGCGAAGCCGUCAAAAAAGUGUGGCAGUGUUUUGAAACGUGAAAUAGUUUUGAGAAUUUGUUUAUUUGUACAAUUUAUGGCCGCAAAAAUAAUCAUGCCUGAACCACCGUCCUCAGCCAGCUCGGACAGCGAUGUAGAAGAAACUCAGGCCGAUUUUUCCGAAGUAUUUCCCGAUUGCGAGAUCGAGGAGGAAAAAAGCGGUGAUUUCUACAACACGCCAGCAUCACCCAUCACUGUCCCAUAUUGUCCUCGACCACCAUCCACAGUAGGCUCCCAGAAGUCUCCCAGGUCAAGGAGACAAAGGACCACCUCCUUAAAUCAGCAAUCUAAGAAAACAGCAGCAGAAUCAAUGAUCAGGACACAGCACAGGACUAUUUACACAGCUGGAAGACCUCCUUGGUACAACAGUGAAGGCCAAAAAGUUGUGCCAUUUAUCAUAGGUAUUUGUGGGGGUAGCGCUUCGGGCAAGACCACCGUCGCGGAAAAGAUAAUCGAAGCUCUGGGAGUGCCAUGGGUGACACUCCUCAGCAUGGACUCCUUCUACAAAGUGCUCAACGAGGAGCAACACGAGGUGGCCCACCGCAACGAAUACAACUUCGACCAUCCGGACGCGUUCGAUUUCGAUCUACUGGUAACCACCUUGCAACGUUUAAAGGAGGGUCGGAAGGUGGAAGUGCCCAUCUACAAUUUCAUGACACACUCCAGAGAGAGUCGCACAAAAACCAUGUACGGAGCGAACGUGAUCAUUUUCGAGGGAAUCCUCACGUUCCACCACCACAAGGUGCUCGAAAUGUUAGACAUGAAAAUUUUCGUGGAUACGGACGCUGACGUGAGACUGGCAAGAAGACUUAAGAGGGACAUCAGCCAACGCGGUCGCGACUUGGAGGGCGUGCUGAAACAGUACACGGGCAUGGUGCAGCCCUCGUUUAACCAUUACAUCGCACCGCUGAUGGUGCAUGCCGACAUCAUAGUUCCUAGGGGCGGCGAAAACGAGGUCGCCAUCCAGCUGAUCGUGCAACACGUGCACACUCAACUCCAACUCCGUGGAUUGAAGUUGCGCGAAGAGCUGCUCCAACAAACGUACAACGGCCAGGCUAGGCCGGACACGGUGAAGCUGUUACCUACCACGCCGCAAAUCAGGGGACUGCACACGUUUAUCAGAAACAAAGACACCCCAAGGGACGAGUUCAUAUUUUACAGCAACCGUUUGAUAAGACUGGUCAUCGAGUACACGCUCUCGUUGAUGUCGUUCAACGAAAAACUUAUCGAUACGCCCCAGGGCGUUCCGUACAACGGGAAGAGGAUGGCGACCAAUAAGAUAUGCGGUGUGUCGAUUUUGAGGGCGGGUGAAACGAUGGAGCAGGCCGUUUGUGACGUCUGCAAAGAUAUAAGAAUUGGCAAGAUUCUUAUUCAAACUAAUCUCCAGACUGGAGAACCAGAGCUGUAUUAUUUACGUUUACCAAAGGAUAUAAAAGACUACAAAGUGAUUCUGAUGGAUGCUACUGUUGCAACCGGUGCUGCAGCGAUGAUGGCGAUUAGAGUACUCCUCGAUCACGAUGUGGCCGAGAGUAACAUUUUAAUAGUCUCAUUGUUGAUGGCCGAACUUGGUGUUCACUCGAUAGCAUACGCUUUUCCUAAAGUACAAAUUGUAACAACGGCAAUAGAUCCUGAAAUAAAUGAUAAAUUUUACGUUUUACCUGGGAUAGGUAAUUUUGGAGACAGGUAUUUUGGUACGGAACCUUCUGAAGAAUGUUAGUUGUGAUUUUGCUUGUAAGUUUAUGUACUUAAAACAGGUUCUUUAUACUUAACUCCAGUGAUACAAAUGUACAUAACAAAGCUUAAUAAAUUAUUUAUUACAGUUUAUAUAA